UAAAUGUCAACGCUACCUAGUGACAUCUUCCAAGAGUCCAUGUCCAGCUGCCAUUUUCGUGCAUUUUUUUACUCCGUACAAUUGAUAUUAAAUAUUUAAUAAUUUCAUAGAAUUAAUUUUCAUCAAACUCAUAUAUUGAUAGAUUAUAAUAUAUACUUAAAAUGCCAGUAGCGUAUGACGUUAAGUCCAGUUGGGCUGAUGAAGUUGAAGAAGAAGGAGAUGUAUUGCCUCCACCAUCAGAGCAAUAUUUAAAUGGAAUGAAAAUUCUUACUGAAUAUAAAUUGAAUGAAGACAAUAAAAAAGUCAAAGUUGUUCGUACUUACAAAAUUGAAAAACGUAUCGUAUCAAAAAAAAUUGCGGCAAGGAAAAAUUGGCCAAAAUUUGGUGACUCAGCAAAUGAUAGACCUGGUCCUAAUCCUGCAACAACAGUUGGCGCUGAAGAUGUAUUCAUGCAAUUUAUUUCUUCUAAAGAAGAAGAGAAUAAAAUGGAAGAGGAUUCAUUGGAUAAAUUAAAGAGUAUGGGAGACAAGGGUAUCGUCAAAUGUAGAAAUUGUUCUGGAGAACAUUGGACUUCAAAAUGUCCAUACAAAGAUACUGUGCUUGCUGGUGGUAAAGUUCCAGAUGAUAAAAAACCAGCAGGACCACCUGGAAUGUCAGGUUCUUCAGCAGAACCUGGUAAAACUGGUAGCAAAUACGUACCACCUAGUAUGCGAGACGGUGGUAAUAAACGUGGUGACAGUAUGCAGGCGCAACGACGUGACGACACAACAGCAAUUCGUAUUUCAAAUCUUUCUGAAAGUACUAAUGAAGCGGAUCUUGAAGAACUCGUUAAACCCUUUGGUAUCGUUCAGAAAUUGUAUCUUGCUAAGGAUCGGCAAACAAAUCUCUGCAAAGGUUUCGCGUAUGUUCACUUUAAAUUCAGAUCAGAAGCUGCCAGAGCUAUCAGUCAUCUCAAUGGUUACGGUUACGAUCAUUUGAUCCUGAGUGUCGAUUGGUCUAAACCUCCAGAGAAAAGCAAUUAGAUUUUAUUUUAUAUUUUAUCUCUACCAAAAUCUGAAACUCGGAAUUAUUUUUUUGUCCAUUUAAAAAUUAUCUGGACCUCAUUAUAAAUGGCGGGAAAAUAUUAAAAUUUGAAAGAAUUAUAUUCAUUUUAAAUUUUUGUAUUUUACCGCCAUUUUUAAGUUUAACUGAAACUGGAUCGAGAUAAUUUUUUAAUGUGAUAAAAAAAUAUAAUAAAAUGGACAUUAAAAUUUUGAAUUAAUUUUUUGGAAUUUAAAAAUUAAAUUACUGAAUAAAUUAAUUCAAAUUAAUGAGUUUUUAUUUUGUUGGAGAUAUUUAAUUAUUGGGAACUUCAUUGAGUAAUUAAAUAAUUUGUUUUAUAAAUUUUCAUUUAUUUCUAAAUAAUAAUUACACUAAUGAAUUAAUUAAAAAUUAAUUUUAAAUUAUGAAUAAUUAAGAAUGACUUUGAUAUUGAAUUAAAAUAUUUAGCGAUUG